GGUAGCUUUGCUUAUACUUUAUGCUUACACUUCCGGUCAAGGUGAAAAACUAAGAAACAGAGGGUGCAAUGUCAGAUGAAGAAGAGAUUGAUAUAGACACCCCUCAGGAAGAAGAUGAGGAUGCGGAAGAGGAUGAGGAAGGAGUAGAAGAGGAAGGCGAGGAAGAGGAGGAGGAGGAAGAAGAAAAUGAGGAAGAUGAGGAAGAAACCCAACUCCCAGAUGAAGAAGAUGAGGAUCAGACCCAAGAUGUGACGGAGGAGGAAGAAGGAGAGGAAGAAGAAGAAGAGGAAGAGGAUGGAGAAGAGAUGCCACAGGAAGAAGAUGUUGAUGGCGACAUUACCAUGGAAGCUGAUGAUGACAUUGACGAAGGUGACCUUGACCUAGAUUCAGAAGAGGAGUCUUAUACAGAGGAGCAUGUUGCUAUCAGAAUGGAGGCUUGUGUUUUCAACAGAAUGGAGCUGGACCUGCCUGUGGAUAUGAUUCAGAAGAAGGAAGUAUUCAACCAAGUGUUCAGUGUGAAAAUGUGGCAGGGACUGUCAGAAAUGCAGAGGAGACAUUUAAUGAAAUUUCUCCCCAGUUUUGGUACAGAUGAUAUGAAAGAAAAACAGACCAUAUUAAGAAAACUCUUUCACAGAGAAAAUUUCAAGUUCGGAAACCCUAUUCAGAAGUUUCAAGCUGAUCUUAAAGCUGGUUUGUUCUCCCCAGACAUUGCCAAGUACAGGACCCUGUUCAAGAAGGCCAAGUACAAAGAAUACAUCUACCAGCAGCAGGAGUAUUACACCAAGCUGUUGAAGGACAUCCUGGUGUCCAGACAGAGAGUUUUAGAACAGCUUGGAAGCUUGACUCCUGAUGAAAAGUUGAAGCCGCUGCCUAGAGUUUCUGUUCCUCCUAAAGAAAAGAGCAUGAAUUAUAGGAUGAGGAAGAAAUAUCAAAGCAUCCUGAAGUCAGUACAAGAGGAGUGCAAUGCUGAUGCAUCAUCAGAAGAAGAGGAUGCCAUCACUGUGCCUGGUAUCCACAUGAGGAGACAACUGCUGAGUCCAUCUAAACAACAGGACACACAGCAGCAGACUUCUGGGGUUAUAUCUACCCUGUCACCCAAACCAGGGAAAGGAGUGGAGAGAAGUACAAGUCCUAUCACAGUGGAUGAUGAAGAUCUCAAAGCUUUGGUGAGAAAACACAGGAAGAGGAGGCUUGAAAAUGAGGACUCUCCUGACUUGGACACAAGAGGCAUUACACUACAAGACAUCAUAGUGAGAACACAACCCAAUAACAAGAGACUGCUUAAGUUACAUGAAGCUGCUCUGACCGCUGAACAAGGCCCAGCAGUACAAAUGAAGAUGGCAGUCCCAAGAAAACCACGGGCAGACGACAAGGAGAGGAAAAAGAAACGCCUCAAGCUGAAGAUUCCAAAGCCAGGGGAGGCUCCUCUUGGCCAACAAAUGCCUCCAGGUGGUGCUGGUGUGAAGGAGACAGAUGAGUAUGACUUCAGUAGUGACAUGGGACCAGCCUUUGGACAUCCAUACGCACAACCAGUUGUGAAAAGAAACUUUGGUGUUUAUGCCAGUUUCUUCAGCCUGUUAAGAGACUUUAUUUCUGAGAGUUCAGAAAGUAAAGUUACCACUACAAAGCUGGAGCAGCAAGUGUUGGAGUGGCAGAAUUCUCCCAGUAGUAAACUCAAUGUUUGGGUUUCCAUGGAGAAGAACUGGGUGGAGUUGGUGUCGUCUGCUCUCAAGUUUCUCUCUGGAGAUAUCUUGGGUCUAACAUUAGAAAAGUUCAUUCCAUUGGUUGACUUCAAAGAACGUGCCCAGAUCUGGAAGUGGAUAGGUCAAGGUCAUGAUAAUGAUGCAUAUUUGACAAUGCUGUGCACUCAUUGGCUGGAGCAGAGAAAACAGAGUAUUCUGGAGUCUGGUGAUGCCAAUGAUGAGGUGCCACCUGCCAGAGUGAAAACUGAUUUUGUGGUGAGACCAACCACAGACAUGGAGAAGGUUGUGUUCAGGGCACAGGAGUUGGAAAGGUUUUCCAGUCCCCAUAAAGCCUUCACAUACAAGCUGCAUGGCUAUGAGUCCACAGUGGGGCCUGUGAAGGGGGUCUACAAUAAAGAGAGUCCUAUGAACAAAGCCAGAGAACACAACCUCCUCGUAAAUGAGAGACCUGCUUAUGUGACUAUUUUAACUUUGGUGCGUGACUCAGCAGCGAGACUGCCCAAUGGAGAAGGAACCAGGGCAGACAUAUGUGAGCUCCUCAAAGAUUCUCAGUUUCUCUCACCAGGGGUCUCUGAUGCACAGGUGAAUACAGUGGUUAGUGGAGCCCUGGACAGACUGCACUAUGAGAAGGACCCCUGUGUGAAAUAUGACGUCAACAGGAAGCUGUGGAUAUAUCUACACAGGAGCAGAUCUGAGGAGGAGUUUGAGUUAAUCCAUCAAGCCCAUGGAGCUGCUGCUAAAGCCAAGAGAGCAAUGCAGAAACCGAAGGCCACUAAAUCAAGAGCCAAGGAGCCGACCACAGUGACCACCAUUCCCCCUCCCCAGACUCAGGCAGCUGAGGAUGCAGCAGCAGUAGAGGCUCUAUUCCAGGGACAGGUGCCUGCCUCCCAGGCCAAUAGCCCCAGGGUGGUUACACUGACCCCGGGGAUGGUGAGGAUGACUCCACCCUCUCCACAGACCACACAGGCCAGUCAGAGAGGCAUGGAGACAGUAUUCCUCCAGCCUGGUCAGAGGUUUGCUCCCCAGGGCAUGAUAUCCCAGAACCAGCCCGGGACAGCCCCUACUUCUGGGACACCCACUCAGUCCCUGUACCAGAUUGGAGGUCAGCGGAUGACUUCCAGUCCCAGACAGACUGUGGUGGGAAAUAAACCGUACUCAUAUAGCAUAGUACAGAGUCAAGGCCUGCCUGGCCAGGGGAGCCCCCAGACUGCAGGCAAGACUGUCUUGGUGACACAGCCACACCCUGGUGGUAGUCCACAACAACAGUUGCAGACCAGUCCACGGGCAGUGUCUGCUAGCCCUUCUAUAGGGGUGACCUCCCAGCCCAGUACCCCCACCUCCACCCCGGCAAGCUCCAGCCCCAAGCCCAGUCCUGCCACCUCCUCUGGUGCCUCCAGCCCUCUCAUAGCCAGGAUAGUACAACAGGGACCCAGGGGGACACAGCUGAUGUCAGUAGGGAAUCUCCUAGCAGCUGUUCAGAAACAGCAAAGUGCCCCUCAGGGACAGGGGGCUACCACUAUCAAAAUACAAGGUACCAACAUUGUCCACCAGGUGUCAGGCAAGCCUACUCAUGUGAUCAGUGGAGGGAAGCCAGGGGGCGCCACUGCAGGUGGUGGGAAGCCAAUAACGCUGACUCAUGUAGGUGGUAAGCCAGCCACUCUGUUACAGCCUGGUGGGAAGCCUGCCACAGUGCUCAUGUCUUCCAUGGCCAGGAACACUUCUGGGGGAAAACCAACACAGAUUGUUUACUCUGCAGGCAAACCAGGCCAGAUGGGAGGCAAGCCUCUCACCAUGGUAACCCAGAUAGGUGGGAAGCCUGUUGCCAUAGCAACUCAAUCACCAGAGAAACAGCAGCCUGUGACAGGCCAGACUAGGAUGGUGAUGGGAGGAAAACCUGUGCAGAUUGGAGGUAAGCCAGUUUAUCUGACAACCAGUAAGCAAGGAUUUUCUGGGAAGCCAGCCGCCAUGACCAGACUUACAACCACGACUGGUUCCAGUAUCCUCCAGGCCCAGAGGAACCAGCCCGUGACCACCGGGAGCCCCAGGACAGGGUCACCUAAGGUGGUGAUGUCCCCAGUGCAGGCAGGGCUGAUACUGACACAGCUGGCACAGGGACAGGGAGGGAAACCAGCUGCCCAAAUCAAACAAACAAGCAGCCAGUCAGGAGGCAACUCAACUCAAUUCAUUAUGCAAACAGGUCAAGGCCAGACCAAGGUCAUAUCCCCUCAUCAAAUUGUAUCUCAAGGUGGAAAGCCCCAGAACAUCCAGGUCCUUAGAACGGUGCUUACUCAGGCUGGAGGAAAACCUGGGCAGACGACGUUUGUCAUCACCCAAGCUGGACUGCAACAGUCACAAGGUGGCAGCACUAGCCAGGAAGGGACCCAGGAAGAAGCAAGGGGAGUGACCAAAACAACAGCAGCCAGUGUUAAAGUUUCAAAACCAGGUAGUGCUCCAGUUUAUGCAAGAAUAAUAACUCCUCCCCCAGGUGUGAGAUUGACAGCUGUCACUCAGAGUCAGGCCACACCUACCCAGGCUACAAGUGUUAUUCAGCCUUCAGGAAAAAUACAGACCUCUACACCUCCAGUCACAAAAACCAGUUAACUUUUAUAGUAACAUGAAA